UCUCCCGGUUGCUAGGAGACAGGGCUUCCACAGGCGAGGCUGAAGUUCUGCCGCUUCUUUCUCCGCUCCUGCGUCCCCCGGCCCGGCCGCGAUGGCGGACCCCGAGGUUGAGGUCCUGCGCAGCACCUUCCCCUCCUACAUGGCGGAGGGCGAGCGGCUGUACCUGUGCGGGGAGUUCACGAAGGCUGUGCAGAGCUUCAGCAACGCCCUUCACCUGCAGAGUGGAGACAAGAACUGCCUGGUGGCCCGCUCCAAGUGCUACCUGAAGAUGGGAGAUCUGGCACAGUCCCUGAAGGACGCCGAGGCCUCGCUGCAGAGUGACCCGACCUUCUGCAAGGGGAUUCUGCAGAAGGCAGAGACGCUGUACACGAUGGGGGACUUCGAGUUCGCCCUGGUCUUUUAUCACCGAGGCUACAAGCUGCGGCCCGACCGGGAAUUCAAAGUGGGGAUUCAGAAAGCUCAGGAGGCCAUCAACAACUCCGUGGGAAGUCCUUCCUCAAUUAAGCUGGAGAACACGGGGGACCUCGCCUUCCUGAGCAAGCAGGCCGAGGCCAAGAAAGCCCAGCAGCUACAGCAGCCCCAGCCCUCGAGGCCUCGGCUGCACCAGGCGCAGCGGGAGUCCAAGCGGAAGGGCUCGCUCAAGAGCGAGAAGACGGUGCGCCAGCUGCUGGGCGAGCUCUACGUGGACAAGGAGUACCUGGAGAGGCUGCUGUUGGACGAAGAUCUCAUCCGGGGGACCAUCCGAAGCGGUGUGACGGUGGAGGACCUCAUCUUGACGGGCAUCAACUACCUGGACACCCGCAGCAGCUUCUGGCAGCAGCAGAAGCCAAUCUAUGCCCGCGAGCGCGACCGGAAGCUGAUGCGGGACCGCUGGCUGCGCGACCGCGGGCGGACGCCGGCGCAGACGGUGCACUACGUGCUCAAGAGCCUGGAGGACAUCGACAUGCUGCUGAGUAGCGGCAGCGCCGAGAGCAGCCUGCAGAAGGCCGAGAAGGUGCUGAAGAAAGUUCUGGAGUGGGGCCCCGACGACGUACCCAACAGGGACGAGCUGCUGGGCAACCUGUACAGCUGCAUCGGGAAUGCGCAGCUGGAGCUGGGGCAGACGGCAGCCGCGCUGCAGAGCCACCGCCGGGACCUGGACAUCGCCCGGGAGCACGACAUCCCUGAUGCGAAAUCCAGGGCCCUGGACAACAUUGGCAGGGUUUUCGCCCGCACCGGGAAAUUCCAGCAGGCCAUUGACACGUGGGAAGAAAAGAUCCCUCUGGCCAAGACUGCGCUGGAGAAGACCUGGCUGCUGCACGAGAUCGGCCGCUGCUACCUGGAGCUAGACCAGGCCGUGCAGGCCCAGCACUACGGGGAGAAGUCGCUGCAGUUUGCCGAGGAGGAGGGCGACAUCGAAUGGCAGCUGAACGCCAGCGUCCUGGUGGCCCAGGCACAAGUGAAGCUGAGAGACUUCGAGUCGGCCGUGAACAACUUCGAGAAGGCGCUGGAGCGGGCGAAGCUGGUGCACAACCAGGAAGCACAGCAGGCCAUCAUCAGCGCCCUGGAUGACGCGAACAAGGGCAUCAUCGAAGAGCUGAAGAAAACCAGCUACAAGGAGACGUUCAGAGUGGCAGACGAGGUCCUUACGGUGGUCGAGGAGGAGCCGGAGCCGGCCACGAAGGAGCCGAAGCGCACGCGGGAUGCACCCGAGCGGGCGAUGCGACAGUGGGACAGGGAGCCGGGGAGGGGGUCGUCGGACGAGGAGCUCCCGGCGGCCCUGCAGGGAGCGGGGAGAAACACGAGCCGAGGGGGCUCUGCGGAGGAGGAGCAGGUCUCUGUGGGCAGGACGCCGCCGCCUGCGGGACCAGGAGGGACCAGAGAGCUCUACCGGCGGCCCUCGCAGGAGCUGGCGGGCGUCCCGGGACAGCCCCGCCGGGAGGCCCCGAGGGGACCCGGGGGGACGGGGCCCGCGGCCGGUGGCGGAGAGGUGGGCCUGGAGGAGGCCGAGGAAGGCGGCGCCCGCUAGGGGCCUGGGCUCGGACCCGUCCUGCUGCGCUCCCCGAGCCACCGGUUUCCAGGCUGAGGAGCACACAGGGCCGCGUCCGCGGUCACCUCGGCCUCCCCUGUCGCUGGCUGCCCAUUAAAUGUGAUCUUCCGCUUCACAA